AUGGACUCCCUGCCGCGCCCACAGCGCCCCGCGCCGCCUCUGCCGGCCCCGCUCCGCCCGCCGCCCGGGCCCCCUCCGGGCCCCGACACAGGCGAGGUCCUGCAGCAGAUUAUGGCCAUCACCGACCAGAGCCUGGAGGAGGCGCAGGCCAGAAAGCAUGCUUUGAGUUGCCAUCGGAUGAAGCCAGCUCUCUUCAGUGUGCUCUGUGAGAUCAAGGAAAAGACAGUGUUAAGCAUCCAUGGCGUUCAGGAGGAAGGUCCCCCCAGUGCUCAGCUCAUGAGGUUGGAUAACAUGCUGCUGGCCGAGGGUGUAUCCAGGCCGGAGAGGCGAGGAAGAGGAGGAUCGGCGGCCGCGACGAGCACAGCAACACCAGGUGGCUGUCCAAAUGACAAUAGCCUUGAGCACUCUGACUACAGGGCCAAGCUGUCCCAGAUCCGACAGAUUUACCACUCUGAGCUAGAGAAAUAUGAACAGGCCUGCCGUGAGUUCACCACGCACGUCACCAACCUCCUCCGGGAGCAGAGCAGGAUGAGGCCUGUCUCGCCCAAGGAGAUUGAGCGCAUGGUCGGUGUCAUCCAUGGCAAGUUCAAUGCCAUCCAGAUGCAGCUGAAGCAGAGCACCUGUGAGGCUGUGAUGACCCUGCGUUCACGGUUCCUCGAUGCCAGGCGCAAGCGGAGGAACUUCAGCAAGCAGGCCACGGAAGUGCUGAAUGAGUAUUUUUACUCCCAUCUGAGCAACCCUUACCCCAGUGAAGAAGCCAAAGAAGAGCUGGCCAGGAAGGGCGGCAUCACAGUCUCCCAGGUCUCCAACUGGUUCGGCAACAAAAGAAUCCGAUAUAAAAAGAAUAUGGGGAAGUUUCAAGAAGAGGCUACCAUUUAUACGACUAAAAUGGCAGUCGACACCACCAAAGUCGGGGGUCUGGGGAGCCAGGCUAGCUGCCCAUCAACACCCAGCUCGGGUUCCUCUGGUCCCUUCCCGCUGACCAGUGCCGGGGAUGCACUUAUCACCCUGCAGACCCUGACCUCUCUCCGCCCCGCCCCUGCGGGAGGCGGCUUACGGUCCCAGGCCCGGGGUGGCUGGCAGGGAGCCGCCCCCCCAGUGUCCACGGCUUCGCCUGCUGGAGACCUCAGCAGUGUCAACUCAGAUGCAUCUAAUUAAGUUUUGGGGACCAGGUGGCUGGCCGUGGUUCACGGGCACUUGAGUCUUUACUGCCUGUGCCGCUGAUUACCUCAAAAACCCAGAACUGCAGCAGGCAACGGGCACCAUCCUUUGCUUGCCGCCUGGGAUCUGAAAUGGGCUGAGAUGCUGCUCAUUUUCUCAAUUCACUUUGGUUUUUUAAUAGUAAUUUUAUGCUAAGACUGUGAAUUGUUUCUUCUAGGACUUGUCAC